GUAAUUAAUUGUUACGAGUAACAUCUGUGCAACAAAUUUUUAUGUGAACCAUCAUUUUUUUUUAUGUGAACUAUGUUUGUGCACACCUCCUUAACUACUAUGCAACAAAUCUGUACAACACUUUGAGCUCGCACAGAAACAUCCACACAUCAGUGGCAUGGAUGUUAACGAUCUGUUCUGCCAUUCAAAAUUUGUAUGUUCAUAAAAGGAGACCACCACCCACUUACCACCACAAUUCUAUCAAUACAAAUCAUCAUCACUCACCAACCACCCCAUCAAUACAAUAAUCAAUGGAACAAGAAGAUCUAACUGCUUCUCAUUGGGAUGAUGUUAUAUCCCCCCACAAUGAAUCAUCCAGUUUUGAUAAUUUAAAUUCUCAUCAUUCUAUACUUGGUAAUACCUCAACUACUACAUCAAAUAUACCUCCAAGUUUAACUAAUCAAUUCGAUGAUUUAUCAAUUAAUAGAAACUUGACUCUGAGUUAUUAUGGAGAUUAUGAUAAUGAUGAAAAUGACGAUGAUGACGACGAUGAUGAUGAUAACAAUAAUAACUCUACAACUAAUGAUUACACUAUACCUCAGAGCGGCGUAAAUGAUCAUUUAUUUGAAUCAACUAAUAAUUAUAGACAAGCAGAAACUGAAUAUGAACAAUUGAAUGAAUUGAAAAAGGAAGAGAGAAAGGAACAUUCUGAAAAUUUAUUAUCUGAAUUAACCCAUGGAUCAGAGGAAAGUAAUUUAUUAGAAUCAUCAAUCAUAUCACCAACUAAGGGAACAACAUCAGAAUCCUUAUUUCAUGAUAAAGGUGCAAGUCCCAUUAAAGUCACUAAUAAUAAUAAAUCAACUCCUCAAGUUGUAUCCCCUAAGAAAGCGAUCAAUUUAAAAAAUAGUCAAUUAUUUAAAGCUCCUAGACCUCGGAAAUUUAGUGGUCAAAUUAAUGCAAAGUUUUUAAAUGGUGGUAAAGAUGUGGUAUCACCCAGUACUAUCACUGAUAAAAAUCAUACUAAUUUGGAUCCAUUGGGCAAUAAUUUAAAUGAUUCUAAAUCAAACAAUGAUAAAUCAUCCAUAUUAUCAUCUACAAAAGCUGAUUUAUUAGUUAAAGAAGCUGAUGGUCCAUUAUAUGAGAUUCAAUCUAAAAAGACUGAACAACAAAAGAUUCAAGAAUUAAAAGCUGCAAAGCCAAAACCACCCCAAUCAUCAUCAUCAACUACAACAACUGGAUCAUCAUCAAAUACUGCCCUUAAAUCAAUCACAUCCUUAACUGAAACUGAUAACAAAUUAGUUAUAAGUGUAGGAGAUCCUAUGAAAGUUGGAGAUAUUACUACGGCUCAUAUUGUUUAUUCUAUUAAAACCAAAAAUACUAAUCCUCAAUCUACAAAUUUCCCCAUCAAGACUGAUGAUAAUAUUAUUGUAUCCAGAAGAUAUAAAGAUUUUAGAUGGAUUUAUCAUCAAUUACAAAAUAAUCAUCCUGGUAGAAUAAUUCCACCUCCACCUACAAAACAAACAUAUAUUGGAAGAUUUAAUGAAAGUUUUAUUGAAAAUAGACGAUUAUCAUUAGAAAAAAUGUUAAAUAAAAUUAGUAAUAUAUCUGGUAUAUGUAAUGAUGCUGAUUUUAUUAUGUUUUUAACCAGUGAAGAUUUUAAUAAUGAAUCUAAGGAAAGAGAAAGAUUAAGUGGUAGUGGAGCUUCUACUCAAAAUAAUGAAUUUUUAGAUAAUGCUACUAUUAUUAAUGAUGCAAAUUCACCUGGUAGUGCAGGAAGUAGUAUAUCAAGUAUUCCCCCAAUUAUAAGUUCAACUUCAAAUACUGGGUAUUUAUCAUCAUUUUUUUCAAUUGCUACUAAAGUCAAUGAACCUGAUGAAUAUUUUAUUGAAAAGAAACAUUAUAUUGAUGAAUUAGAAUAUAAUUUAAAACAAUUAUAUUUAGCCAUUGAAUUAAUUGGAAAUCAACGGAAUUUAUUAGUGGGAGUUUAUGAAGAAAUAUCCUUAACCUUGGAUGAAUUAUCACAAUUAGAAAUUCUGAAAUUAAGUACUGAAUUAUUAGGAUCAUUUAGUGAAGUUCAACUUAAAAUUAAAGAUAAUUUAGAUCGAGUUAAUUUACAAGAUCAAUUAACAUUAGGAUUUUCGAUUGAAGAAUAUUUAAGAAUCAUUGGAUCAAUUAAAUUUGUAUUUGAAACCAGAUCAAAAAUAUAUCAACAAUAUUAUACUUUUAAUCAAGAAUAUAUUAAAAAACAACAACAAUUAGAUAAACUGAAUCGAAAAUAUGGUAGUACUCAACAAGAAAAGUUAUCAUUAUUACAAUUUGAAGUUGAUAAAUUAAAGCAAAAAUCAACUACUUAUGAAACAAAUUUUAAAACUAUAAGUGAAACAAUUAAACAAGAAAUUGAUAAUUUUGAAAUUGAAAAAAUUGAAAAUUUUAGAAAUAGUGUGGAAAUAUUUAUUGAAAGUUCAAUUGAAUCUCAAAAGGAAGCUAUUGAAUUAUAUGAAACAUUUUAUGAACGUCAAAAUUUAGCUAAUAUAUAGAUAAGUUUAUCAGUUACAAUAUUUCGUAUAUAUAUUUUUUACAAUUAAAUAUAGAAAACAAAUAAGACACACUAUUAUAUUGAUUCGGUUGUACUUGCAACCAUACGUUACGAACAUAUUUGAUAAUAUUCGGGUAUUGCCCCCACUUUCUUGCG